AUGGAUCCUUCUUCCACGGCUAUCGCAGCCUCUGUCGCCAAGGUUGCCCUGCUCAUCAACGGCCGAGACUAUGGCGGCUCGCACCCGUUCGAGAUUGAGAGCCCUGUGACCGGCAAGACUUGCUGGGAAGCAGCAUGUACUACGUUUGCCGAUGCGACGACGGCUAUUGAGACAGCGAAGGCAGCAUUUCCAGCGGGGGCUCGUACCAAGCCUGCUGUCAGACGUUAUAUCCUGCUUGAGACAGCCAAUGUUCUCGAGAGACGUCGAAGAGAAUUCGCAAACUAUAUGCAUGUUGAGGCGGAUGUGCUGGCUGGACUUAUGUUGAACUCCUAUCGAAUCUACAUGUCAACUGGUCGUAUCCUUGUUGAUGCCUCUAUUGCUGAAGAAUUCAUGGAUGCCCUGAAAUAUGCUCUGAGCAUGACGGAUGCCCAAUCUCACGCGGAGAGCAUGAUUACGAGCGCUGUGGAAUGUGGUGCCGAGUUACUCCAUGGAAAGCUUGAGAUAGAACCAAGUUGCGACGGUGUUCUGAGUAUUAGCCCGUUCGUGCUCGCUUAUGUUAACCCAAACAUGAGAGUGUGGCUCGAGGGGGAAUAUACUACAUUGACGGCUUGCAUGCUUAUCAGGAGCGACGAUGAAGCUGUCAGAAUCACCAAUAGUGUUGGAUACGGCAGCUCUGCUUCUGUUUUCACAAAAGACCUUCGUAAAGGUCUUGCAAUAGCUAAGCAGCUGGAGUUUGGCGUAGUGCAUAUGAAUGGUAUGAAUAUGCAUGAUGAACCGGUCCUUCCAUACGGUGGAACCAAGGACUCCGGUUGGGGGCGGUUCAAUGCAGAGGAGGGAUUGAAUGAGUACCUUGUGACUAAGUCUGUGACUUGGAAGGAUUGA